CCGGCUGUCGGGGUGGCGGUGACGACGGGCAGCCGGAGGACAGAGCAUGUUGCCCGCCGCCGCCCCUCCGGAUCCCCCCGCAGCCCCGCGCAGCCAGGUCAAGACCACCUGAACGCAGGUGAGCACGGUGGCUCCGGGGGCCGGGGCAGGGCCUGCGCCGUGGUCAGAGGCGGGCGCACCGGGCGCACCUGCUCCUUCUGCCGCCCCACGGGCCCUGUCCCGCCUCCUGCUCCGCUCCCCGGGGCCUCGCGUCUACCGGCGGGGCGCGCGCCGCAGCUCGCCCUCUCCGACCCCUCGGCGCCCCGAAGGGCUCCCCCAGGAUGCUGCGGAGGCUGCUGGAGCGGCCGUGCACGUUGGCCCUGCUGGUGGGCUCGCAGCUGGCCGUCAUGAUGUACCUGUCGCUGGGUGGCUUCCGGAACCUCAGCGCCCUCUUCGCUCGCGACCAGGGCCCCACCUUCGAUUACUCACACCCUCACGACGUGUACAGCAACCUCAGCCAGCUGUCUGGGUCGCCUCUGGUUUCCAGGGACACGCCGGCCUUUGAGGGCCUGCCCAACUGCCCUGAGCGGUCUCCACUCCUAGUGGGCCCAGUGUUCGUGUCCUUUAGCCCAGUACCGUCGCUGGCUGAAAUCCUGGAACGAAAUCCGCGGGUGGAGCCAGGGGGCAGGUACCGUCCCCCUAGCUGCGAGCCGCACUCUCGCACGGCCAUCAUCGUGCCACAUCGCGCACGUGAGCCGCAUCUGCGCCUCCUGCUCUACCACCUGCAUCCCUUCCUGCAGCGCCAGCAGCUAGCCUAUGGCAUCUACGUCAUCCAUCAGGCAGGCAAUGGGACGUUUAACCGGGCGAAGCUGUUGAAUGUGGGGGUGCGGGAAGCGCUGCGUGAUGAGCAAUGGGACUGCCUGUUCCUGCACGAUGUGGACCUGCUUCCCGAGAACGACCACAACCUAUAUGUGUGCGACCCGCGUGGGCCACGCCACGUGGCUGUCGCCAUGAACAAGUUUGGAUACAGCCUGCCGUACCCUCAGUAUUUUGGCGGUGUCUCGGCGCUCACGCCCGACCAGUACCUGAAGAUGAACGGUUUCCCCAAUGAGUACUGGGGCUGGGGCGGUGAGGACGACGACAUUGCCACGCGGGUACAUCUAGCAGGGAUGAAGAUCUCUCGACCCCCCACAUCCGUGGGGCACUACAAGAUGGUGAAGCACCAAGUGGACAAAGGCAACGAGGAAAAUCCACACAGGUUCGACCUCCUGGUCCGCACUCAGCACUCGUGGACGCACGAUGGGAUGAACUCGCUCACCUACCGCCUGUUGGCCCGAGAGCGGCGGCCACUCUACACCAACAUCACGGCUGACAUAGGCUCAGACCCCCGGCCUCGAGCCCCAGCCGGACCCCGUUAUCCCCCGGGCUCAUCUCAGGCCUUUCGCCAGGAAAUGCUGCACCGACGGCCCCCAGCCCGACCUGGCCCAGCACCCACAGCCCCCCACAACCACAACCACACAGCGGCCCUUGGGGCCUGAGUGAUGUGUCAGUGUCCUGGAGGCAGGGCCUUGGCACCUUUGGGCAAGGCUGGGCCCACCUGGGGGUGUUGUGUCCCCUAUGUAGGGAUACCUGCCAUGGUCAUAACUGUGAACUCCAAUCUCCUAAUUUUCCUGCUGACCUCGGAGUCCCCGGGCUAGGAGCAUGACUGGACCUCAGUGCAUGGUCUCCAUACACCGGGUGCUCUGGCCCUGGACCCCUGGAUAUUUAUUCUAUUUAUGGCUCCCAGGCAGCUGCAAAGAGGGAGCUGAGGAGCUGCAAAUGGAAGCGGCUUCUCUAGAGGGCCUUAGUGGGGUGGGACUUUGAUAUAUUUUCUAAUAAAGAAUCAGAAUCGUG